AUGUCAAUCAUCAACAAUGCUGGCCCACAACCAGACAAGAAGGAAAGAAUUUCACUUACUCGCGAGCAGAAAGAAGCUAUAAUUGAAAAGGAAGACAGCAGUAAUCUCACUUUGCAUGAUCUUGGAGUGUGGGCAUUUGAGCAAUUCCAAAAAGAGGGAGUUUGGAAACCUCUUUCCCAUACCACUAUCAAACGGAUUAUUUCUGAAGAAUCCCGAUCCAAAAUCAAGAUGUCAGCACCCCAUCAGCAUGGCUGUAAACAUUUUGUUCCUUCUGCUGCACCAGCUCUCGAAGACAGGCUUGCUGUAGAAGCUGAAACUCUGAAAAAAGCGCGUAUACCAGUUAACCAGACGACUUUGCAGAGACUGGCCAUUGAGAUUGUAAAAUCAGAUCCAUCAAUUGCUCCAGCUAUGAAAUUCUCGAGAGGGUGGGUGCAAAGCGUAAUGAAAAGGAAAUCAAUCAAGACAACUGGCCGCGGAAUGAAAAGACUUCGGGCAAAUCCGAGGUCCCAGAAGUUCAAGAAAAGUUGAAAGGUAAAAAAUAAAAUAUAUUGAAAUGAAUCAACAGAAAUAUCAUCAGUAGUUAAGUACUCUUAAUUUUAAUAAUUAUUAUGAUAAUAUAUGAAGAUAGCGAUAUUUAAACACUUG